AGAUGAAAAUGGGGCACUGACAGGUCAUCCCAGAAACCCAACCAAUGUUGCACCAUUUUCUGGGGGACUCCCCAAUGUUUUGGGGGACACUCUGGGGAAAGAGUUCAUUGAGGAACCGUCCAUGCCAGAACCCCUUCCAGCACCUCGCAUCACCAACAACAUCCUGGGGGAAGAGCUUGCUGAGGAACCCUCCGUGCCAGAACCCCUUCCAGCACCUCGCAUCACCAAUGACAUCCUGGGGGAACAGCUCACUGAGGAACCCUCCAUGCCAGAACCCCUUCCAGAACCUCACAUGACCAAUGACAUCCUGGGGGAAGAGCUCACUGAGGAAGCCUCCAUGCCAGAACCACGUCCAGCGCCUCGCAUCACCAACAACAUCCUGGGUGAAGUGCUCAUUGAGGAAACCUCGAUGCCAGAGCCCCUUCCAACACCUUGCAUCACCAAUGACCUACUGGGGAAAGUGCUCAUUGAGGCUACCUCAGUGCCAGGUCCUUCCAUCCUCACAGACACUCCAAAGGAAGCAGCUUCUGUGUCAGAGCCAGUACUAGAGCCUUCCAUUGCUGAUAAUUAUCUUCAGCAAGAAGUAGAACUCCUCAAAGGGUUACAGCAUGACUAUGUCCAGCAGCAACUGAGGGUUCGCCGCAUUUCCCAACAGUUCCCUCGUUCUCUCUGGGCCAUCAACCUGCAAAUUGGACACAUGUGGACAAGGCUCAUCCGCAGUGAAGUUCGGCUGCAGCGGUGGGAAAGGGAAGAUGUUCCUGCAGGCCCUGCUGCACUUCUCCAGCCCUCUGGGUCUGAUUCAUCAUUGUCCUCUGCCUCCCUUGAGGUUGCCUCCAUCCCAGCCUCCACGUCCACCUCUUCCCUCCUCCUGCAUCCCUCUCCACCUCCUCCUCCUUCCGCACCUCCUCUGGAGCUGGACCUCAGCAAUGUGAAAGAAACUCUGCAGAGUUUGGUAGAGAUGCAGGCCAAAGAGACAUCCACAGCUGCCAGGAAUGCUUACAAAGCUUCAAGGCACUGAGGGGACAAUUGAGGCGGCUAAGGAGCAGACUGGCCAGGGUGGAAGCCACUAUGGGGAUCGUGGUUCCUCCAAGGGAGCUGGACGUUGCUGAGGAAGAAGGGGAAGGCAAAUUAAAAGAGACAACUGUGCUACUAUUUACAUAAGUAGCAAUAAAAUGCUGUGUAUAUAUAUUUAAAAUAUUAAAUAUUUGUUUUAAUAGGAUGUAGAGAUAGAACAGCAAUAAAACUUGCAUAUUUGUUGUUUUAAAAAAUAAAAUGUUUUAU